GGUCCCCAAGGAUUUCAAGGCAACCCCGGUGAGCCCGGUGAACCCGGUGCUGCUGGUCCGAUGGGUCCCCGGGGACCUCCGGGACCACCUGGGAAACCCGGUGACGACGGUGAGACAGGCAAACCCGGCAAAUCUGGGGAACGUGGCCCCCCCGGCCCCCAGGGCGCUCGUGGCUUCCCUGGGACUCCUGGUCUCCCCGGAGUGAAAGGCCACCGAGGUUACCCCGGUUUGGACGGUGCCAAAGGAGAGGCUGGGGCUCCCGGAGCCAAGGGUGAAUCUGGUUCACCGGGUGAGAACGGCUCCCCCGGCCCUAUGGGACCCCGUGGGCUGCCUGGAGAGCGAGGACGUCCCGGCCCCUCUGGUGCUGCGGGUGCUCGAGGCAAUGACGGCCUCCCCGGCCCUGCUGGACCCCCUGGACCCGUUGGCCCUGCCGGAGCUCCCGGCUUCCCUGGAGCCCCCGGUUCGAAGGGUGAAGCCGGCCCCACUGGCGCACGGGGUCCUGAGGGAGCCCAAGGACCCCGCGGUGAAUCCGGCACCCCCGGCUCUCCUGGCCCCGCUGGCGCACCCGGUAACCCUGGGACUGACGGCAUCCCCGGUGCCAAGGGCUCAGCG